AUGGUUCAAGAUCCAGCCUCCGCCGACGCGGCUAAACCGGCGAUUGUCAUCGUUCCGGGCUCCUUCUCGCCUGCAUCGUUCUACACCAACGUAGUCGACGCGCUCCACGCACACGGGUACGAAGCUAUUGUCGAAACCCUCCUUUCCUCGUCCCGCUCGCCCCUCAACGACGAGAGGGCGGCGACCAUGGAAGAAGAUGCGGACCUCUUCCGCCAGAUCGUCCAGGAUCUCGCGGAUCAGGGAAAAGACGUUGUUAUUGUGACGCACUCGUAUGGAGGCGUCCCGGGGACGGAGUGCUCAAGGGAACUCUCGAAGGCGACGAGAAGAGCGAUUGGCAAGCAGGGUGGGAUUUCGAGAUUCGUAUACGUAACCUCAGUGGUGCCCACGCCAGGCCACUCGUUGAAAGACCUUAUGGGAGACCUGGUUCCAUCUUUUCUCCAAGUCGAGGUGAGUAAGAGAGUGUUUUUGGCGACUGCGACAUUCGGGUUCCUCGCGCUGUUCUCCGGGAUGGCCUUGUCCAACUGGCUGACUGACUUCUUCUGCGUCGGAACAAACCAGGGCGAUUUCAUGAGCCACGUCAUCGAAGAGAGUGCAAAAUUGACGUUUUCGGACUUGCCGUUUGAAGAAGCAAAGGAGUGGGUGAAAAGGAUGCCAUACCACUCGGCUGCUAGCUUUGACGGCAAGCUCACGUACCCCGGGUACAAUCAUAUUCCGGUCUCGUUCGUCAUUUGCGAGAAGGACGUGAUUCUACCGCCGGAAUUUCAGCACUCCGUGAUCGACGGCAUUGAGCGGGAGAGUGGCAAGAAGGUAGAUGUGCAUACGUUGAAUACCGGACACUGUCCCAAUGCGAGUGCUCCGGAGGAUCUUGCAAGCGUCAUCAUCAAGGCAGUGGUGACAGCGGCUUGA